UGCAUAGAAAAAUGGAUACAUUUCUUCAUCUCAACUAUAUAUUAUAAAGUUCCACUUACACAAUGCUAUCUAAAUCUCAAAUCUAAUAAGCAUCUAAGGAACAAAAGAAUAAUGAUCAUCCGAACAUUAUCUAUUUUUGUUUUCUUAGAACUGCUAAUGAUUGAAUCAGCAGGAGGCCAGGCUCUGGCAAUGCCUGGUUGUCAAGAGUUUUGUGGGAAUGUCAGCAUCCCAUACCCCUUUGGAAUUGGAGCAGAUUGCUACAUGAACAAAUGGUUUGAGGUCUCCCGCAAUGAAGCUUCCACCCCUCCUACAACUUUACUAACCAGCAUAGAAAUUGAGCAACAACUGUCUUCAACUGAGGGUAAUAUUGAAAAGACCAAAAUAUUUAGUACCAAAGAGUUGGAGAGGGCAACUGACCGUUUCAACAAGAAUAGGAUACUUGGCCAGGGAGGCCAGGGCACUGUUUAUAAAGGAAUGUUAGUUGAUGGAAGAAUUGUUGCGGUUAAGAAGUCCAAAGCACUAGAUAAAGAGAAAGUUAAAGAGUUUAUCAAUGAGGUGGUCAUUCUUACACAAAUUAAUCAUAGAAACAUUGUUAAGUUAUUAGGUUGUUGUUUGGAGACUGAAGUUCCUUUGCUAGUUUAUGAAUUCAUCCCCAAUGGGACACUUUUCCAGUAUAUACAUGAUGAAAAUGAAGACUUCCCAUUAACCUGGGAAAGACGGUUAACAAUUGCAGCAGAAGUUGCAGCUGCCCUUUCCUACUUGCACUCAGCAGCCUCCAUUCCCAUUUAUCAUAGAGAUGUUAAGUCCUCAAAUAUUCUACUGGAUGAAAAGUACAGGGCAAAAGUUUCAGACUUUGGGACAUCAAGAUUAAUUGCCAUUGAUCAAACUCAUUUGACCACAAAUGUUCAGGGCACAUUUGGGUACCUAGACCCUGAAUAUUACCAAUCUAGUCAAUUUACAGAAAAAAGUGAUGUUUACAGUUUUGGGGUUGUCCUUGUUGAGCUCUUAACCGGAGAAAAACCAGUUUCUUUAGCAAGGGCAGAAGGAGAAAGAAGUUUGGCCUCUCAUUUCAUUCAUUCCAUGGAAGAGAAUAGUCUCUUUAGUAUUCUUGAUGCUCGAGUUGGGGAGAGUUCUGCACGUGAAGAGAUAACAAAGGUUGCUAAACUUGCACAUCAAUGCUUGAGCCUGUGUGGUAAAAAGAGGCCAAGGAUGAUAGAAGUUGCUAUGAAGUUAGAGCAGAUCCGUCUUUUGCAAAACAAUUCAAAUGUUCAACAGAAUCACAAAGAGGUUACAUAUGUCAAAAGUGACGUAAACAAUCUCUGGGAUGGUACCUCGACUUCAAUUGAUUCAGGUUUGGACUCUGGGGCCUCUUUGUCCAUAGACACGCAGCCAUUCAUUUCCAGUAAAUGAUGGGGAUUUAGCUGAUUUAUCCUGGAAUGCAUUUAUUUCAUAUUGAGGAAUAUAAUAAGCUCUUUCUUUCUUUAGUGUUUGACAAUUUGUGGUUCAUCUAAUUUUUAUUUUUGUUGCUUUAUAGUUUAAAUUCAAAUAAAGUUUAUGCACUACU